AGCGCGCGAACGCAGACCAGUGGCCGCCGCAGGCAUCUCCCGGCUGGACGCUGUCAACACAUAACCUCAACAUCCGGAGUCACCGGCCGGUCACACCAACGCACUUCAUAUUAAUCGCGGGCAGAGGAUGGAGCCGUGGUUGUGCGCGGCGGCGCUGGUGGCGGCGGUGGCGCUCUGGCUGUGGCUGCGGCCCCGCACGCAGAAGACGAGCCCUCCCGGGCCGCGCGGGCUGCCGCUGCUGGGCAACCUGCUGCUGCUGGACCCCGCGGCGCCGCACGAGUCUCUGAGCGCGCUGGCUCGCCGCUACGGGCCCAUCUUCUCGCUGCGGCUGGGCUCGGUGCCCACCGUCGUGCUGGCCGACGCCCGCCUCGUGCGCGACGCCUUCGCCAAGGACGCGUGCACCGGCCGCGCGCCGCUCUACCUCACGCACGGCAUCAUGAAGGGCAAGGGCAUCAUCUGCGCCGAGGGAGCGCUGUGGCGCGACCAGCGCAAGUUCGUGGCGAGCACGCUGCGCAACCUGGGCAUGGUGAAGGCGGGGCCUCGCAGGGAGCGCCUGGAGGCCCUCGUAGCGGACAGCGUCGAUUACUGUCUGCAGAAGCUGGAGGGUGAGACGGUGGACCCGCUGUCGGCGCUGCAGCACUCGGUGGGCAACGUGAUGAAUGCGCUCGUGUUCGGCCGCACCUACGCGGAGGACGAUCCGGUGUGGCGCUGGCUGCAGCACCUGCAGGAGGAGGGCACCAGGCUCAUCGGCGUCGCCGGGCCGCUCAACUUCCUGCCCUUCCUCAGGUUCCUGCCGCAGCAGCGGCGCAACAUGCGCUUCCUGGUGGAGGGCCAGCGGCAGACGCACGAGCUGUACUCGCGGCUGGCGGCGGCCCACGGGCAGGACGAGGGGGACCUGCUGGGCGCCUUCCUGGCAGAGGGCGCGCGCCGCCGCCUCGACGCCCAGCCCGGCCACCACUUCUACUCGGACGAGCAGCGCAACUUCCUCAUGGCCGACAUGUUCGGCGCCGGCCUCGACACCACGCUCACCACUCUGCGCUGGUUCCUGCUCAUGAUGGCCGCGCACCCAGACGAGCAGGAGCUGGUGUGGGAGGAGCUGCGCGCGCUGGGCCGGCGGCCCUGCCUGGAGGACUGCGGGUCGCUGCCGCGGCUCGAGGCGGCCAUCCUGGAGACGCAGCGCAUCCGCACCGUCGUGCCCGUCGGCAUCCCCCACGGCGUCCUCCAGGACAUGACGCUGGGCGGCUUCCACGUGCCGAAGGGCACCAUGGUGCUGCCGUUGUUGUGGGCCAUCCACAUGGACCCCAAGGCGUGGACCGAGCCAGAGCGCUUCAACCCGGCGCGCUUCCUGGACGACGACGGCCACGUAGUGCGCCGCGACAACUUCAUACCUUUCCAGACAGGGAAGCGCAUGUGCGUGGGCGAGGAGCUGGCGCGUGUCGUGCUGUGGCUCUACUGCGGCGCGCUGCUGCAGCGCCUGCGCGUCUCCGCCCCCGACGCCGCCGCCGGGCCGGACCUGCGCGGCGUCUGCGGCAUCACCCUGACGCCGCCCCCGCAGCCGCUGCGCUUCACCCCCCGCUGACCGCCUCCACCCGCGCCAUCUUCUCUGCCCUCUCUCUCUCUCUCUCUCUCUCUCAUCGCUUAAUAAAGAAAGUCAUAUGUAUCCACUCACUGGCUCGAUAAUCGUAUUUGACCGAAAACUCCCUUUACAACAUCCCACAUCUGCCCUGGAUAUUUUGCCAUGACAGCAUCAUGUGACAGAAAAAAACAGCUUUUCUUUUGAUUUUCUUUACCUCGCCUCCGACAAGUAGUCAAUUUUUUUUAAGACUAUAAGAAGAGGGUAGCAUUUAUCUGUGACGAAAUGUAUACAUUUCUUUAAUAAAACGCUACAUAUGUACAAUGAA